UUCUUAAACCUGUCAAUCUAUUCUGAUUUCUGCAUUAAAAUUACAUAACCUUGUGAACUUUUGUGAAAAAUUUAUAUUAUCCUUCCGAGCUCGUGAAAAUGGGUAAACAUUUCGGAGAACUUGCGAAAAUACGAGGUUUGAUAACUUAUAAGCUAUCUCCAUACGAGCAAAGAGCUUAUGCUGGAGCAAUAUCAAAUGGUCUGCCAAAUCUCUUUCGCAGAUUCCGUGAAAGUGUUUUCAGAGUAGCACCCCCUUUCAUCAUUGGAUACUUAGUUUAUGAUUGGGCAGAAAGGGAACACCACAGACUUUCCAGGAAAAACCCAGCUGAUUUUGAAAAUGAUGUUUAAGUUAAAUGUUCAAAUGUCUUAGUAGUAGUAUAAGUUAAUAAAUUUUAAACAAUC